GUUUCUGAUGCAAAUAAUGUCCCAGGACUUUUAGUUCUCAAAGGCUUGGCCCAUCUGAACAAAGGCUCAUUAGAUGAAGCUUCAAAGAUUAUGGAAGACCUUCUGUCUUCUUACCCUGUAGCUGAAGCUCAUGCCCUGGAGGCUUUGAUUCAUUUUACCAAAAAGGACUAUCUACAAGCAGAAAAGUGUUUCCAGAGAGCUCUUGAGAAAGAUGCUGAAGUUGCUGAAUAUCAUUACCAACUUGGAUUAACAUAUUGGUCCAUGGGAGAAACAAGAAAAGAUAAAACAAAGGCUCUUACCCACUUUCUAAAGGCUGCCAAACUGGAUACAUACAUGGGCAAAGUUUUCUGCUAUUUAGGUCAUUAUUACAGAGAUGUAGUAGGAGAUAAAAACAGAGCCCGUGGAUGUUACAGGAAAGCUUUUGAAUUGGAUGACACUGAUGCUGAAUCUGGAGCUGCAGCAGUUGACUUAAGUGUGGAGCUUGAAGAGAUGGAAACUGCCUUAGCUAUCCUAACAACAGUCACUCAAAAGGCAAGUGCUGGAACGGCAAAAUGGGCCUGGCUUAGGCGAGGACUAUACUAUUUGAAAGCUGGUCAACAUUCUCAAGCAGUGGCUGAUUUACAGGCAGCAUUAAGGGCAGACCCAAAGGACUUCAAUUGUUGGGAGUCACUAGGAGAGGCAUAUUUAAGCAGAGGUGGCUAUACAACAGCUUUGAAAUCCUUCACAAAAGCCAGUGAGCUGAACCCAGAAUCCACAUACAGUGUGUUUAAGGUUGCGGCAAUACAGCAAAUCCUAGGCAAAUACAAAGAAGCUGUAGCUCAAUACCAGCUGAUCAUUAAAAAGAAAGAAGAUUAUGUGCCUGCUUUGAAAGGUUUGGGCGAAUGCCAUCUCAUGAUGGCAAGAGCAGCUCUAGUCGAUUAUCUUGAUGGGAAAGCUGUAGACUACAUAGAGAAAGCCCUGGAAUAUUUCACUCGGGCUCUGCAGCAUCGAGCUGAUGUAUCUUGCCUUUGGAAGCUGGUUGGAGAUGCUUGUACCAGUUUGUAUGCUGUCUCACCAUCUAAAGUGAAUGUUAGUGUUUUAGGAAUCCUUCUAGGUCAGAAAGAAGGAAAACUAUUAAAGAAAAAUGAGAUCCUCCAUCUUGGAGGAAGGUGCUAUGGUCGUGCAUUAAAACUGAUGUCUACCUCUAAUACGUGGUGUGAUCUUGGAAUUAAUUAUUAUCGUCGAGCACAACACCUAGUGGAAACAGGCAGCAACUCGAAUGACCUUCAAGAGUUGUUGGAGAAAUCUUUACAUUGUCUGAAAAAGGCUGUGAGACUUGACAGUAGUAAUCACUUGUACUGGAAUGCUCUUGGUGUAGUUUCAUGUUACAGUGGUAUUGGAAAUUACGCUCUCGCUCAACACUGUUUCAUCAAAUCAAUCCAGUCGGAACAAAUUAAUGCUGUUGCGUGGACCAACUUGGGAGUGUUAUACCUUGCAAAUGAAAAAAUUGAGCAAGCUCAUGAAGCUUUCAAAAUGGCUCAGUCCCUUGAUCCAUCUUACCUACUGUGCUGGAUUGGACAAGCUCUAAUUGCAGAGACAGUUGGAAGCUAUGACACCAUGGAUCUCUUCAGGCAUACUACAGAACUCAGUAUGCACACUGAGGGAGCAAUAGGUUAUGCAUAUUGGGUCUGUACAACAUUGCAAGAUAAAAGCAACAGAGACACAGAGCUGUACCAGUACAACAUUCUCCAGAUGAAUGCAGUUCCAGCAGCACAAGUGGUUUUGAGUAAAUAUAUAGAAAGAAUUCAGAAUUAUGCUCCAGCUUUCACCAUGCUGGGUUACUUAAAUGAACAUCUACAACUGAAAAAGGAAGCAGCAGAUGCAUACCAAAGGGCAAUUUUGUUGUUACAGACUGCAGAAGACCCAGAUACUUACUAUGUUACAAUGAGAGAUUAUGGCAGAUUACUAUGUUCCAUUGGUGAAUAUGAUAAAGCUAUCCAAGCUUUUAAGUCAACACCCCUUGAGGAGUUAGAAGACAUCGUAGGUUUCGCAUUGGCUUUAUUUAUGAAAGGUCUGUAUAAGGAGAGCAGCAAAGCCUAUGAGAGAGCCUUGUCUGUUGUUGAAUCAGAGCAAGACAAAGCUCAUAUCUUGACAGCUCUGGCAAUAACGGAGUAUAAACAAGGAAAAAUGGAUGUAGCUAAGACAUUGCUGUUUAAAUGCUCUAUCUUAAAAGAACCAACCACGGAAAGCCUUCAAACCCUGUGUGCUCUAGGAUUGGCAAUGCAGGAUGCUACACUAUCAAAAGCUGCACUUAAUGAGUUACUGAAACAUGUCAAGCAGAAAGACAAUGAUUAUCAGAGGUGCCUUCUUACUUCAGCAAUUUAUGCACUGCAAGGCCGCAGUGUGGCAGUGCAGAGACAAGCAUCUAAAGCUGUUCACAGUAACCCAGCUGAUCCUGCUCUUUGGUCUUUCUUGUCCCGAGUGGUUGCUCAGUAUACUCAACGAAGUGCAAAGGGCGGUGCCGUAGCAGGAAAUGUGGCUCAUAUUCUGGACUCAAAUCAUGGAAAGAAGGCAUUACUGUACACUGCAGUAAAUCAGUUGGCUAUGGGAAGCAACUCAGCAGAAGAUGAGAAAAAUACUGCCCUAAAGACCAUUCAGAAGGCAGCUCUCCUUUCUCCAGGUGACCCUGCUGUCUGGGCUGGUCUGAUGGCAGCUUGUCAUGCUGAUGAUAACUGCUCUAGUGAAAACACUCAGCCAAAGAGGAUUGAUUUAUACUUGGCACUAUUAUCUGCUGUUUCUGCUUCAAGUAAGUUUAAAAAAGCAUUUGAUACAUGACAUAUUAAAGAUAAAGUACUCAGAAGGAUAUUGCCAAAAGGUAUAGGCACAAUUAGUCCUACACAAAAGACUAUUAGAUUCUCAUCUAACAAAACUCAAAAACAAACCUUAAAAUGAUCAUAAAGAACAUUACAGGAAUACAGAAUAGCCAACAUUCAACAAGGUAAAAUUCCCAGUAUCUGGUAUUCAGUUAAAACUUAAUAUGUGUGCAAACAAGCAGAAAAAUAUCACUCACAAUGAGAAGAAAACUCAGUCAUUAGAAGCAGAUCCACAAAUGACGUGAUGGAAAUCUCUUUAAAAUGUAAUUGACAGCUUAAAGCACAUAUGACAAUAGCACAAAGGCCAGGAUAGAAAAAUGGAAAUAUUUUGUUGUAAAGUUUUUCUAUUCUAAGUGGUAUAAUAUUA